UUGACGUUUGUUCCGAAGUUCUGAAACAAUCAGUCACGCGACUAAACGUGGGGGGACGAAGAAUAAUAAUGUUGUAAAGGAACAUAAACAACAGCGCCAUCUACCGGCGAAGCCUUCAGGCGCACGGUUUCGCGGCAAAGUAAUCACACGCCGCCACCGGCCGCAUGCAAAUAAAAAGGGCGUCAAGAGACAAACCAGUUACUGUUCAACAACAAGGGCGCGCUGCUCCGCCCACCUUUUUUCAACCAAUCGCCUGCGAGGCCGCGUGCGCAGAUUCAAACUCGUUUCCGGAAGAAGGCUGGGCGCGAGAUUCGGCGGGAUGGACAAAAAAUGAAACGGAGUGAGUGGACGAAACACACACGGAGAGAACACAGUACAGACUGACAGUGCAGAGGGGUGUGUGUGUGUGUGCUUUCAAGGCGCGCAAGGCUAACGCAGAGUCACACAGAUGGAUUUUUUCCCUCACCGUUUUGAGAUCGCAUUGGAAUUAUUCCUUUUUUUGGCUUUUGUUGUUUAACAGCAAGCGUUUUUGGAAGGGCGUUUUUUCGUUUUGUCAUAUUUAUUGCACGAUUGCUCUCGGGGAUGUGACUGUACGGAUCUCGAGCUUUUCGCGGAAAACAGAUACAUGUGUGACAGUGGCAUGUGUGGAUAGAUGUCAGCUGCGUGUUUUGAUUUCAAGAAGAAUCGCAGCAUUGGAGCUUUUAAAGACGCUUUCCUUUGAAAAGAAGUGCACUUGAACGCAGUUGUCAUGGCCAAUAUGAAGUCUCGCAGUGAAGAUGAGGAUGAUGAACGUCAUUCUACGGACCCUGACAGCAGAGACCCCAAAAAUUCCAAAAAGACCCUGUGCAAAAUUAAAUGGUCCCGAGAUGAGGAUGAGAAGCUAAAGAAGCUUGUUGAGCAACACGGAACCGAUUCUUGGAAGUCAAUUGCCAAUUAUUUCCCAACAAGGACAGAUGGUCAAUGUCAGCACCGUUGGCAAAAGGUGCUCAACCCAGAGCUGGUGAAAGGACCCUGGACAAAAGAGGAGGAUCAGAGGGUGAUUGAACUGGUUCACAAGUAUGGGCCCAAACGGUGGUCAGUAAUUGCCAAGCACUUACAGGGCCGCAUAGGCAAACAGUGCAGAGAGCGCUGGCACAAUCACCUCAACCCAGAAGUGAAGAAGUCCUCCUGGACCCAGGAGGAGGAUCGCAUUAUCUAUGAAGCGCAUAAACGUCUGGGCAACCGCUGGGCUGAGAUCUCAAAGCUGCUACCUGGACGGACAGACAACUCCAUUAAGAAUCAUUGGAACUCUACCAUGCGUAGGAAGGUGGAACAUGAGGGCUACUUGCAGGAGGGCAACAAGGGCUACAGCAGUGACCCUGGUCAGAAGAAACGUCCCAAAUCCAGUCCAUCUGUGGAAUAUCAGCAUGACCAGAAUCAAAUACUCAUAAGUGACCAAUCACAGCCACCCAGAUAUCCGUAUGGUUCGCAAAGUGGCCAAUGUAUGGAAAACUUUAGUGUUGAGAUCUCUAGUUUUAUGUCGCCGUGCCAUGACGACCCAGACAAAGAGAAACGAAUUAAGGAGCUAGAGCUGUUGCUAAUGUCAGCUGAAAGUGAAGUCAGAAGACAGUCGGGCUCUCGUAACCCAGAGAGCUACUCCAGCUGGACAGACAGCCUUCCUGAUGAUACUGUCACCACUGCAGAGAGUGUGGAGGACAGAGGCGGCGAGCUGUGUCGUUUAGAGGAGGGCCAAUCUGCUGCUAUGCCUCUGCCUGUCUCUCCCAGCAAGUUCCUGGCUGCUGAGGCUAGUGCUGUGCUGUCCACUCUAGAGACCAUUCCAGAGUUUGCAGAGACCAUGGAGCUUAUUGACUCGGAUCCUUUGGCCUGGAGCGACGUGACCAGCUUUGAUCUCACUGAGGGAGGCCCCUCUCCGAAGGCCGCUAACCCCACUGAUGUUUGUACAACCCUGGAGAGGUGCACAGAAAGCCUGGUCUAUCCAAUAAAUGCUCCCACUGUCCCAGCGAUAAACAGGCAGUGCACCGUGGUGAACCAGGGCAAGUCUGUGGCUCUCUCUAACACCUGCACGAACAGAUUCAGCUCUCCACCCCCGUCCAUAAUGAGAAAGAAAAGGAGAGAGAGAGGAGAUCAGUCACCUGCAGAUGAAAGGAGCUGUGCUUACAUAGACAGCAGUGGGAACUCACCAAAAAACACCCCUGUCAAAGGCCUGCCAUUCUCGCCCUCUCAGUUCUUCAAUGUGUCUGGUGGUGAGCCCCUGAGCCUCGACAAUCCUGCUCUUACAUCCACUCCAGUGUGUGGACAGAAAUGCCUUCUCAACACACCCCACCAGAGAGAGACCACACCAAAACACCAGAAGGAGAACGCAGGUUUUAGGACCCCAAAACUCCAUAAGAAUAUUAUAGUCCACACACCAAGAACACCCACUCCUUUCAAAAACGCCCUGGCUGCCCAAGAGAAGAUGCACGGCCCGUUAAGAAUGGUGCCCCAACCACUGGCACUUCUUGAGGAGGACAUCAGAGAAGUUCUGAAAGAGGAAACCGGGUCUGACAUCUUCACACAAGUGCAGAACCAACCUCACUACAGAUCUUAUGAGCAGAUGGAAGCUCCUGCAAGGAAAGUGAGAAAGUCUUUGGUAUUGGACAGCUGGGAAAAAGACUGUUUAAAUGUACAGCUGUUUCCCCAACAGCAGAUUAACAACAAUGGAGCUUCUCACAGUAACGAUCUACUGACCAGAUCCAUGCUCAUGAUGCCAUUGACAGAGAGAGAGGAGAACUGUUGCUCUCCCGGAUCGAUGAAGGAAACUUUUUCAAUAGUCAGCACCUUUAGCCCAAAGGACAAGAGAGAAAGCAUGACUCAAAGGAGCCCACCAUACCAAACACCCGCUCCUGCCAACAGCGAGUGGGAGGCUGUGGUUUUUGGGAAAACGGAGGAUCAGCUGAUCAUGACAGAGCAGGCCAGGCGUUACUUAAACACCAACCCUACCACCUGCAUUUCCAGAGCUCUCGUCCUUUAAACAUCACUACUGCACUACAGCAACCCUCUUCUUUUCCUCUAUCACACAGACAUCAGACAAUCUGGUGCAGGAAACAGAAACACUUACUAUGUUUGCCGAACACCUUCUGAUUAUAACAAUAUACCGCUUAGGAUAAAAAAAAAAAAACUUGUAUGGAAAUGUAGUCUUAUGUAGUCGAAAUACAAAUAGCACUAGAUUUGCAGAAUUUAGCUAAUGGUUUUUAACAUAGCUAUUUUUAUCCAUUUUUAGCUGUAGACAGUGUGCUGAUUCUUAAGGGCUGCUUUUUUAAGAAGGAAAAAAAAAUCAUAUAAGUGACAUUUUCAGAUAGUUUUAAGCUCUUUUUAGAGGAUUUAGAGGCUGGUGUUAAGGAUUGGGGAGCACUGGCAGUGUUGCACUACUGUGGUUGUUUGUUAGGGUGAGGAGCAGAGACAGUGUUGAGGAGUAACUGGAUAGCACUUGCAACGUGAUCGUUUCCGCUCCAAACAUAACAAAGGUUCCACCCCGAAUAUUUUAUUUUAUUUUAUUUUAUUGAGAGUAGGACACUCACUGAAUGUAUUUUAUAGCAUGAAUCUGCUAAGUUAACGUCUACUGGAAGGUACCUCGAACAUUUUUGUGCUCUAAAGUGAAGGCUGUUAAAAUUAUUUGUACUUGGAGAAGCGUAAAAUCGCUGACUUGCAUGUCUGCAACUGAAGUCUAAAUCCAGCAUCUUCGCUGCUUAUGGAAAAUAUUCUCAGUUUAGCCAAAAUCAUGUUUGGUACUGAUAUUAAUGCGCAUGUUGCAUUAUAAAUAACACGUUCCAAGAACAGAUACGUAGGUGAGAUUUGUUUGUUUAGAGCUGUAGGUUCUAUUUAUUAAAUCUUUACUAAUUUAUUUAUUUCAAAGAUAUAAAGAAAAUCUAAUUAUAUUUCUUUUCUGUUAAAGAUUUGACUACCUUCCAUUACAUAUUUCUGAGUUCAAUAACACUGCCACUAAUUUCUUGGCCUGUACAGUAAGUUUAACAUCCUUUCAAAGGUUUCCGUCCACUUUACACCAAUUGGUUGACCGUAAAAGUAGCAGCAAGCAGCAUUCAGCCUCCAAAAUGUGGGGAAAUUGCACUUUUUUUAAAAAUAUUGUAUUAAUGUUUGUUUGUCAUUUAAUAUCUAUUGUUUUAUACCCUCUGUAGUGUUUACAUUUUGUUUUGUUUUUUAUCGGUGGCUGAAUGUUUUCAAACAUAUCAUUAACACUUACAUGUCAGGACGUCAUCCGAAGGGGAAAAUGGUGUAAAGGUAGUUUCUCUCUCCCACUUUCUUGCUCUGGAACAAAUGUUUGUAAGGAUUUGCUCGCUGCUACUGAGAGUUACAGCAGGAAUGGACAUAAGCACAAUCGGUUGAAGGAAGUGUAGGACAAUUGCUUUGCUCUCUUAUGAGGUGAAAUGCUGAAUUAAAUGUUUUAUUUUUUAUUUUUUUUAACAUGAGAAGAACCCAUGUAAAAUAGUUUCAGGUUAUUCACAAUGAUAAGUUAGUCAGAGCAAAAGAAAAACCCUGAUGUGGGAGGAAUUGGCAGUAUUAACGUAACAUUGGGUUUUAUUCAAAUUGAGGAAAUGUUUUGUAUAAAAAAAAAUAUUUUUCUAAUUGUAACUUGGAUAUUGAAGUGCAAAAACACAAUCCAUAUUUAAAGGAACACUACGCAUUGUUUCCCUCACCGCAUCUGUGUUACCGAGAUUCAUUUAUUUUGGCUCAUGUAACAUUGUAGAUAAAUGUUUAAUAAAACUGUCUUUGUCUUCA